AUGGGGGGCUUGAACCGGGUGAGCGUUGGGUUGCUCUGCUUCAUGGCUGCCUUAGCUACCGCCUACAAUCCUUGGGAUUUUUCUGGGAGACACACGGGUCUCUUGAGACAGCCGAGAACACCUUCUCCUGAGAUGCAGCCGGUAGAUUAUCCUUACUGGUCUGAGACCAACUCCUGGGCGUUUGUGGACAAUUCCCAGCCUCGGGCUUUGUCCACUUGGACCCCGGUUUCUGUCCAGUGUGGGGAGGCCCAGGUGGGGGUCGCUGUGAAGAGGGACCUCUUUGGGACUGGGAGGCUGAUCCAAGCGGCGGAUCUGAGCUUGGGGUCUUCUGGCUGCAAACACACCUCCCUCGACUCUGCCGAAGACACGGUCGUCUUUGAAGUUGGUCUCCACGAAUGUGGUAGCACGGUGCAGAUGACUCCAGACUCUCUGAUCUACAGCAUCAGCCUCUACUAUAAACCCAACCCUGGAAGCAACCCAGUCAUCAUCCGAACCAGCCCUGUCGAGGUUCCUAUCGAGUGCCACUAUCCAAGGAAAGACAACGUCAGCAGCAAGGCCAUCAAGCCAACGUGGGUUCCCUUCAGCUCCACGCUGUCUGCCGAAGAGAGACUGGUCUUCUCCUUGCGUAUCAUGAAUGAUGAUUGGAGUGCCGAGAGAACCUCUAAGAGGUACCAGCUGGGAGAGGCCAUCAAUAUCCAGGCAGAUGUGAACACCGUCAACCACGUGGCUUUGAGGCUCUUUGUGGACAACUGCGUUGCCACCCUGAGUCCAGACCGAGAUUCCGCUCCCAGAUAUUCAAUUAUUGACUUCCACGGGUGCCUGGUAGACGGAAGAUCGGAAGGCGCUAGUUCCACCUUUCUGUCUCCCAGGACCAGACCGGAUUCUCUCCAGUUCACAGUCGAUGCUUUCAGGUUUGCCCAGGAUCAGAAAGACUUGGUCUACAUUACUUGUCACUUGAAAGUCAUCGCCGGCGACCAGAUCCCAGAUGCUCUGAACAAGGCAUGCUCCUUCAACAAAGCACGGAGCAGCUGGUCUGUGCUUGAAGGCCCCGACGGCAUCUGCCGCUGCUGCGAGACAGGAAACUGUGCGGUAAACCCUGUCCCUCAGUCCCCGGGAGGUAAUUCCUGGUGGAGAAGUGGGCGCCUCCAGAGAGACCUCUCUUUCAGACGUGAGGAGUCCUCCAAGGGUGAAACGGAAGCAGACGUUCUAGUGGGACCUUUCAUCUUGGAUGAGCGCAAAACUUCCACGGCCCUCGAAGAUGGAAGAAAGUUGGGGACGGGGUCACCAGAUGCCCCUGAGAAGUCGGUGCUUAUCAUGAUAGGACUGACGGUCACCACCGGUGUCCUGGCGUUGGCCUUGGUGGUUCUGGCGUUUUUUCUACCGUGCAGGAAAAGGAGAUGUUCCAAAGUCUGA